CCACCGUCAGUAGUUGGCUAGCAGCCGCGCGGGGAACACUGCCGACCUCUGUCCGCACUCCUCUUGUGACACGUGGUCCCGCGUGUGUUUGUGUACGUUUAUGUGUCCGUGUUGACUCAGUCAUACACAGGCGACUGACACUGUGGUUAUCUUCAGUGUUGGGAAGAAGCUAUUUGUCACCAAGAAAUACGAGGAGAGAGUUUCAGUGAAUUGACUUUUCCCCCAGUUACCUCUUCAUCCUCGCUCUCCUCGUCGCCAUGUAACGCGAAGGGCAAACACCUCAUCACAUGAGACUAGCAGUGAUGUGAUGGCGAAAGACGAUCUCACGAAUCUUCACCCAAUCAUGUGACUUGCCGGGCUUUGAAGGUUCUCUCUCUCUCCCUCUCUCUCCGCGGACAAUCGUUCCGACGGUUAGAAACAUUGUAACACAAAGAGAUCUCUUGGUCUUUGGGAGAUAAUAAAGGUCAAAAAUGGGGGGUUGCUUGGUUCGUUUCGGGGAGGCGGUCACCAGGAAGAAGACCGUUGACCCUCCGGCGCCAGGACUGCAGAAGCAACUGACCUUAGUUGACAUGGCUGCUGUGGGUCUGAGCAGCACGAUAGGCCUGGGCGGCUACGUGUGCGUGGGCGCGGGGGCUACCGAGGGCGGCGCUGGUCCCUCGGUCGUCCUGUCCGUGCUGUUGGCGUCGGUGGCAGCGCUCCUGACGGGUGCCGUCUGUGUGGAGUUAGGCGUAAGGUUCCCUCGAGGUGGUGGUCUGUUCACCCAAGUUUACGCCACUUUAGGGGAGCUUCCGGCAGUCCUCGUGGCCAGCACGCUGCUUCUGGACCUUACUCUCGUCCCGGCCAUUGCGGCCCGAAGCAGCAGCGAGUACCUUGACGCGGCCACCAACCACACCUUAUCUCGCCUACUGACCUUCCCGCUGCCCGAGUACCGAUACCUGGCGCCGCACUGUGACCUUUUCGCGGCUACCUUGCUGGUCUUCUCGACGCUCAUGAUCGUUGCGGGAACCAAGGUCGUCUGCCAAGUCGCUGCCGCCGGAGUGGGCGUGUCCGUCCUGGUUCUCACAGCCGUGUCAUGCACCUCCCUCCUCGCCGCCGACACUCGCAACUGGACUCACCCGCCCGGGUUUUUCCCUGCCGGGUUGCAUGGGGUGGUGAGUGGGGGCGCAGUGCUGAGCAUGGGCGUGGCGGGCGCGCACCAGGCGGGCCUCCUGGCCGGCGAGUGCGCCCACUACCGCGGCGUGGCGACCCGCGUGGGCGUGGGCGUGGGCCUGGUGGCUCUGCUGACCCUCUUCCCGGCCGCCGUGGGCGCCACCCUGGCCGCGCCGACGCUCACCUUCUCGGCGUCCCUCGCCCACCUGUUCCCGGGCGCGCCCCUGAGCGGCAUGCGCGCGCUGGUGGCCGUGGGCGGCGUGACGGGACUGUGGGCGGCGUGCCUGGGCGGCGUGCUGGCGGGGUCGCGGGCGGCGCACCGCCUGGCGUGCGACGGGCUGGCGCCGCGCUGCCUCGGCCGCGUGUCGCGCCGCACCGCCACGCCGUGGGCGGCAGCGCUGGCUUGCGGCGCCGCCUCCGCCCUCACCGCCGCGCUCUGCUCGUCGCGCCUCCUGCUGCGGGCGGCGGGCGCGGGCGGCCUGACGGCGGGCGUGGCGGGCGCGUCGGCGGUGGUGGCGCGGCGCUUCCGGCCGGAGGCGACGCACCCGCUGGAGGCCCACCCGCGCCCGUCGCCCGCCCACCGCGCCUCGCCCGCGCCCUCGCGCAGCGCCAGCCACUCCGAGCUCACCGACCUGACCGCCGCCGCCGCCCGCCGCAGCUACCAGGCCUGCGACGACAGCGAGCCGCGCCAGCUGGCCGUGGAGUGGGCGGGCGGCGCGUGGGUGUCGUCCGUCGUGGAGCCGCCCAUGCCGCCCACGUGGGGGUCGUGGCGCACCUCGCGCUUCCUGCUGGCCACCUUCAUCACGAACUGCGUGGCGGGCGUGGGCGUGGUUCGGGCGGCGGGCGAGCUCGGUAUCGGCCUGUGGGCGUGGGCGGGCGUCGCGCUGUGUGUGUGCGGGUGCGUCGUGUGCGGCGUCGGUCUGUGGCUGCAGCCGCGCCACCCGCCGCCCACGCCCGCGUUCCAGGAGGGCGUGCCGCUGCUGCCGCUGCUCGCCGUCCUCGCCAACAUCACGCUGCUGCUCCACCUACCGCCCGCGGCGCUCACCGCCGCCUGCGGCGUGUGGGCGGCGACGGGCGCGGUGUGGCUGGUGCAGGGGCGCACCGGCAGCAUCGAAGCGGCGCUGAGCAGAGCCCUGCUGACCCACAGCGGCCAGGACUCGCCGCCCGACCUGCUGUAG